AUGUCAAACAUUGCUCUGGUAUUUCUGUCGGCCCUGUUCAUUAACUGGGUAUUUCCUCCUUCGACGGCUGAGGGUCGACUGAGAAAAUUCUACAUAAUAAACGGAACAAUGAAUAGAAGUUCUGCUGAGCAAAACUGCACAACAAACAACACUGGCCUCGUCACAGUCUAUGACCACCAGGACAACAUGAAACUAUUUAACCUGAUGAAAAAUAAUUCCUUGCAAAGGGGCUGGAUUGGCACUUCUCGUGGAAAUCGCAGUAAGAAAUGGUCAAAUGGUGAUGAUGUCACAUUUAACAGAAGCUCUACAGGAGAUAACGGGAGAAUCAGCUGCACUGCAAUGAAUGCCACUGGACACUGGGAAUCUCUCCAAUGUAGCAACAAAACAUACUUUAUGUGUUAUCAACAAGGUGUUGAACGAUCAUACGAGUUAAUCCCUGAAAACAGAAACUGGUUUGAGGCUCAGCGAUACUGUAGAGAGAAUCACACUGAUCUAGUCAGUAUCAGAGAUGAAGAGGAGAAUGAACGAGUGAUGAUGAAAGGAGAAAACUGUACCAACUCUUUCUGGAUCGGCUUGCUGGAGGACGAGGUGGAGUGGGCUGAUGGAGGACAAUCUACUUACAGAAACUGGAUAUCCCCUGACCCUGACACCAGUUCACGUUAUCCUGAAGCUUACAUGUUUUCAGCUGGGAAAUGGAAUAAAAAUACUGGUAGUGACUCCAAUCCUCUCUGCUAUAAAAGCUUCAUUCAUGUCAGUGAGGAGAAUAUGUCCUGGGAGAAAGCUCUGAAUUACUGCGACACUCACCCGAAUACAUCUGGACUCCUGAUCAUCCAGUCUGAGAACGAUCAGAUAGAAACGGAGCGAGAGCUGAUAAGAAGGAGAAUCUCCGGGCCAGUUUGGGUGGGACUCAGACAGAGUCGACUCUUCGGAUUCUGGAUGUGGAUCGACGGGCGUCAUGUGGGAAACUGGAGCAACUGGAAAGGGGGAAGUCAACCAGGAGAGAUUUCCUUUUACUGCGGUGCCAUGGAGAAGGUGGACGGUCAAUACAAACUGUGUGAUAAAGACUGUAAAAUGCAGUAUACAGUUUUAUGUGAGGGGGAGUAAUAUAGGCCCUUCAGUUUAUCAUGCAGUUUUUGAUUCUCUGCCUCCCAAACAAGAGGAAAAAAUGCUCAUGUGUUCAACAGUAAAUCGCUUUAUCUUCAUUUAUUGUAUAAUAAAGCUCUCUAAACUACCGCAAGUUUCUACUUGGUAAUGCUCUUCGCCUCGGCAUAGUGGUCCUGUUGCCUUUAUGGUUUUUAUGCUUAUCUGAUUUGUUUUACUUUUGUAAACCUUUAUGUCUUUUUAGUGAAAAAUGAAAAGUUGUUCAUGAAUGCAUAUUAUAUUAACUGAUAAUAUUGUGUUGAUAGGUAUUUGUACUCGGCAAAUCUGUAAGCAGAGACACAGACAGUUCAUAAAUGUAAUGAGUGUGUUAUCCUAAAAUAUUGA